AUGUUCAGAGAGUCAUUGCUGCUGGCCAGGCCAGGAAACGCCAUGGCUGCGUUGAAAACCGAUGGCACCGUGGUGGCCUGGGGGCAAAAGACCUUUGGCGGAGACUGUAGCGAGCGGCAGGCAGAGCUCGUCGGGGUCUACGAUGUCUUCGCUGCUGAUGCUGCCUUUGCAGCUCUCAAGGAAGAUGGCACUGUGGUCGCAUGGGGCCAUGCAGAGUACGGAGGG